GAGCUCUGUUGUUUUUAGUAAUUACACUGCCACCAGCCUAAUUGGUAGUUGAGCCACAGAUGACAUUAAAAGGGUUGUUUCUGCUCCCACUCACCGUGGACAACCCACGUAUAGAAACAGCUACGUAAUCCAUGUGUUGUGCAUGUUAUGUGUGUGUGUGUAUGAGAGAGAGAGAGGCUGAUCAAUCGCGCUUUCUCCAUCUCUCCGUGGCGUGGGAGGCGUCUGUCAAACGGACCUGUGGAGAGUCUUCUCUGUCCGUCCGAGCAGCUGAAGUUUGCUGACAGUAAAAUCGGUUUUAUUUUACUCUUUGGGGGGAUAGACACUCCGCUGCCAUCCGGAGAGACCCAUCACACCGCGGGCUUAAAGGAAGUUGAAGCAAACAGCUGGGUGCGUGUUUUCUGGGAGCCGAACCGAGCCGCCAUGGACGCGCUGAUGAAGGGUUUCUCUAAAGCCAAGGAUGGGGUCGUGGCAGCUGCAGAGAAAACCAAGCAGGGAGUGACUGGAGCGGCUGAGAUGACUAAGGAUGGGGUUAUGUAUGUCGGAAAUAAAACAAAGGAUGGGGUCUCCUCAGUUGCUGGAAAAACUGUGUCUGGAGUGUCUCAUAUGGGUGGAGCUGUGGUUACCGGGGUUACGGCUGUGGCCCAGAAAACUGUGGAAGGAGCGGGCAACAUCGCUGCUGCCACUGGAUUGGUCAAGAAGGAUCCAGCCAAACAAGGUGGGGAUGUCACAGCGGUACCCGAUGCAGUGGAGUCACCAAUCGAUACUGACUUCACUGAACCUACAGAGGAGGACUCGGACGACUAAGUGGCUUGAUGGUUUCACAGUCAAAGGAAAACGAUCCAAACAUUCCGUGUCGCUCUGCCAAGUCCCGUCAUGCCUCGCCUCCGGUCCGUCACGGAGUCUGUGCUCAACGUCUGUGGGUUUCUGUGUGUGCUGUUCUGCCUUUGCAGUAAAUGUCUUGUAAAGUGCCGGAGAACUGUUGUGUGAGUGUGCUGUGCGUCCCGGCGGCGCCUCAGGUGUGUGUGUUCUCUGUGACCAGCUGUCAUUUACAGUGACUCCCUCCCACUGAGAAGGUCACCUGAUCACAGAGGGUCCGUCUAUCCCGUGUCAGCUGUUUGGCUGCGUCAGUAACACAAACAUUGAAGUAUACCACAAUCUACAAACACCUAAGUGUCUCGAUAUAUAAAUGAACAAUUUACACGGAUCUGUUUGAAAAUGGAUGCAUAAUAAUAGUCUCUAUUUUGUUGUGCAUUUUUGUCACUGUUUUCUGCAAUGGACUAUAAAGUGCUGGGCUGUUUGUGCAUUCUCGUUGUAUUUUAUAGCAUGUAAAGUAAUAUUCAGCCUCACCAAUGUGUAAUGAUUUAUUUGGAUUCUAAUAUUGAAUAAAAUAUGUAAAAAAUGGGA